AUGCACUCAAUCUCGAACGACCGUUUCUCCUUCCUGCUCCUCUGUCAGCCGACCUUCAUCUCCUACAUCGCACACUGCAAACUCCCGGAGGACCAGCAGUGCGUAUGGCCCAAUCGCGCGCGGUUUACCGACAACGACAUGGAGGCCCUGGCAUGCAAGCUAGCCGACUAUCCAAUCUGCGAGUCUGUGGUCUUCGGAGAACUGUGGCGCACCCGCACCAAGGCCCAGCUUAUCUCCCUGGAAGAAGGCGUUCUCGAUCACUGGUUCUUUGGCCGGACGGUAAUGGCCGGCGACGCAAUCCAUAAGGUGACCCCAAAUUCAGCGUUGGGCGGCUGCACGGCGAUGGAAGAUGGCGCAGCAAUCACCAAUCAACUCUAUCAGCUGCUGAACCGACACCCGAACAAGAAACCCUCGACUGUGGAAAUCAGUGCCGCUAUGCAGGAGUACCAGGACUCACGGCUUGAUCGCGUUAAGACCAUCGUCAAAGUCGGCGGCGAUCUCACGCGUCUACAGGCCUUUGACGGGUGGUACUUUUACAUUAUGCAGCGUUGGGUCACCCCGUGGAUUGGACUGGACACGCUAGCAGUCAAUAUAGCCAAGCUGUGCAGUGAUGGCACGAAGUUGAGCUUUGUCGACUUUCCAGAGCAGAAGGGGCUUCUGGGAUGGCAGGAUACCAUCGCGAUCGAGGCAAGGAAGGAGAGAGCGGUCGGGCAGAAGCAGCAGUUGGAGCUAUCACAGAAGUGGUGGUACUGGAAUGGGGAGGUGCAGCAGAUUUGGCCCUUGUUGGUGGGAUUUUUCCUGUGCCUUAGUUCGACACUGUUAUGGUGUUUACCGAGAGAUCCCCAUCAUGUGUGGUUCGGGAUUGACGCGGCUCAUUGA